UGCCUCCUGCUCCCACCGUGCAGGGAGGACUCCACGGAAACAGGCUGGUCUCUGAGGGUCUGGAAUAUGAAUCUGAGCCCAGAGCCUAGAAGAUACUAAAGCUCCUCUCUGGGAAGAGAAGAGUUGCUCAGCAGCGCAGGCGGCAGCUUCAGUUUCCAGCCCCCGAAUUCUCCUUGGGUCCCUCCUAGGAGGAGAGGGGAGCAGCAGCAGCAGGUUAGGUCCACACUUUCGGGACUCAUGUCUUUUCUCGUAAGUAAACCAGAGCGGAUUAGGCGGUGGGUCUCGGAAAAGUUCAUUGUUGAGGGCUUAAGAGAUUUGGAACUCUUUGGAGAGCAGCCUCCGGGUGACACUCGGAGAAAAACCAAUGAGGCAAGCUCAGAGUCGAUAGCCUCCUUCUCUAAGCAAGAGAUCAUGAGCAGCUUUCUGCCAGAGGGAGGGUGUUACGAACUGCUCACCAUCAUAGGCAAAGGAUUCGAGGACCUGAUGACAGUGAACCUGGCGAGGUACAAGCCAUCGGGAGAGUAUGUGACGGUGCGGAGGAUUAAUCUAGAAGCUUGUUCCAAUGAGAUGGUGACCUUCUUGCAGGGGGAGCUCCACGUCUCGAAGCUCUUCAACCAUCCCAAUAUUGUGCCCUAUCGAGCCACCUUCAUUGCCGACAACGAGCUGUGGGCCGUCACGUCUUUCAUGGCUUAUGGUUCUGCCAAGGAUCUCAUCUGUACACACUUCAUGGACGGCAUGAAUGAACUGGCCAUCGCUUAUAUCCUGCAGGGGGUGCUGAAGGCCCUAGACUACAUCCACCACAUGGGCUAUGUACACAGGAGUGUCAAAGCCAGCCACAUCCUGAUCUCCGUGGACGGGAAGGUCUACCUGUCCGGUUUACGCAGCAACCUCAGCAUGAUAAGCCACGGGCAGCGGCAACGGGUGGUCCACGAUUUCCCCAAGUACAGUAUCAAGGUUCUGCCGUGGCUCAGCCCAGAAGUCCUCCAGCAGAAUCUUCAGGGUUAUGAUGCCAAGUCCGACAUCUACAGUGUGGGGAUUACAGCCUGUGAACUGGCCAAUGGCCAUGUGCCCUUCAAGGAUAUGCCUGCCACCCAGAUGCUGCUGGAGAAACUGAACGGCACCGUACCCUGCCUGCUGGACACCAGCACGAUCCCCGCCGAGGAGCUGACCAUGAGCGCCUCGCGCUCCGCCGCCAACUCGGGCCUGAGUGAGAGCCUGGCCCCCAGCACCCCCAGGACCUCCAAUGGCGAUUCACCUUCCCACCCCUACCACCGCACCUUUUCGCCCCACUUCCACCACUUCGUGGAGCAGUGCCUCCAGCGCAGCCCGGAUGUCAGGCCAAGUGCCGGCACCCUCCUCAACCAUUCUUUCUUCAAGCAGAUCAAGCGGCGUGCCUCAGAGGCCUUGCCCGAGUUACUCCGUCCCGUCACCCCCAUCACCAGUUUCGAGGGUAGCCAGGCUCAGGAUCACAGUGGAAUCUUUGGCCUUGUGACAAAACUGGAAGAACUGGAGGUGGACGACUGGGAAUUCUGAGCCCCUGUGGACAGUGCACGUUCUCCAUCCCAGACCCGGGGCCUGCAGGGGCCUCUCCUGAGGGUUGGCCCCACGCCCACCCUCCUGGAUGCAGGCUGGGCACAAAGACAACGUCUGCCAGGAGAGCUGGCUGCUUUCUGAUGGGAACGAAAUUCCUGGAAAGAGACUGCUUCAUUGCUCCAAGGCCUGGAGACUCACGGGACCACCCAGGGCUGAGGUGGGAGGGCAGGGGAGGUGAUGGAGUGCUGACACCCCCGCCUGCCCUUAGAGAUGCUGCUGCUCUGCUCUCGGGCGGAACCCAAGCCCAGGCUUGCACUCUGCAGCCCAGGGCACUCUGGGACGGCCUCCUCCCAUCUCUUGUUCUCCCAGCAGCCUAAUUCCACAGUGGUCUGUGCCAGCACACCUUGCCCCUUCCCCACACUUCAUCUACUGGAGGUGGAAGAAAGGGCAUUUCCCCCUUCCUGGUGCCACGGUAAGGCUUGAGGGCUCACGUCCUUAUGCUGUGUGUUCGGUUUAAUGUCAGAACAAAUUAAAAUUUCCAGUGAAA